AUGGAAUAUUCAGAGAAAGUAAACGACCUUGGUACUUUCUUGAAUGGAGCUGCAGCAAUUGAACAAAAUGUUACUACCAUUCGAACUAAUAUUAAUAGAACUCAGGAUUUACAAGCUCAGAUUUUAGGAACAACUUCUACGCAAGAUGAAGAAAUUCUCGCUCAAGAACGAAAUAAAGUUAUCAACAACAUAAGACAAUUAUUUGCUGAAACCAAAGACCGUAUCAAAGAAAUUCAGUUAGAAAACUCUAAAAUCCCUACUUCCGAUCCAAAUUAUCAAUUAAGAAUUCAAAGGUUUAACUUCCUUCGUGAAAAAUUCGGAAAUGUUCUUGAUGAAUUUCAUGAAGUUGAAAGUACUUAUAUCAAACAACAAUCAGAAAGAAUUGGUAGACAAUAUAAGGUUAUUAAACCAAAUGCUACUCAACAAGAAAUUCAAGAUUAUGUAUCAAAUCCAAAUUCUCAACCAGUAUUUCAACAAGCUCUUUUACGUACUGGUGAAGCUAAAGAAGCAAUGGGUCAAGUACAAAGACGACACGAAGAUAUAAAACAUAUUGAGAAAACUAUUGUGGAACUUGCGGAACUAUUUGAAGAAUUGAAUCUUCAAAUAUCGGCUGCUGAUACGACAAUUAUAGAGGUCGAAUCUAAUGUUGAAAAUACUACCAUCGGGAUUCAAAAGGCGAACGAAGCUUUGGGUAAAGCAAAAGAGAGUGCUCUUUCUGCCCCUAGCGAAGAAUGUCCUUUAAAUUCAAAAUGCCCUUAUUAUAAAGCUUAUCACUCUCCAGGCACCAAUUUAAGAAAUUAUAAUUGGGAUGAAACAAAUUGUCCCGCCGCAAAUAAAUGCCCUUAUUUCGAAAAAAUCAAGAAAAGGGUCGAAAAUGAUGAAAUUAUUUUCAAGGAAGGAGGAUGUCCUUAUGUUCAAAAUUGCCCUCACGCUAAAUCUAAUCAUAAACGUACAAAUGAUGAUAUUUCAAAAUGUCCUCACCUUAGUAAUAAAAUAAAAAAUUGUCCUUAUAUAAAAAAUAAUGUUUCUCCUCCUGAACAUCAUGAACUAUAA